AUGCGCAUCGGCCAUCAGCCAAUUCAACUACUCAUACUUGUAAUAGCUGUUGCCGUGGCAAUUCAAGACGACAAUGAAUUGAUUGGUCACCCUGAAAUUCAAUGCAACGCCGACACGAUUGACAUGCAGUUUCGCACACGCAAACAAUUUACCGGGAAGGUCUAUGUGAAGGGUAGUUAUAAUCGACCCGAGUGCCGAGUCGACUAUAGCAAUAAAGAUCAGUAUGGGCGGCCCGUCGGAGGCAUCAAGCUCAAUCACGGAGCCUGUAAUAUGGAUCGACAGAGGAUGAUUGCUCCUGAAGGCAUGAUGUUCAGCACAAUCUUAAUUAUUAGCUUCCAUCCGCUUUUCCUUACACGAAUGGACAAAGCUUACCAUAUAAAGUGUAUGUACAAAGAGGCAGCUCGUACGGUCACCGCGGCAAUCGAUGUCAGUAAUCUGCCGACGGAAUCGGUGCAAUCUGACCUUCCCAUGCCGACAUGUAGCUAUACAAUCAGAAGAGACCAAUUGGAUGGACCAAUAUUAAAAUAUGCAAAAGUUGGGGAUCAAGUUGUCCAUAGAUGGCAAUGCGAUUCAGAGGAUUAUGGCCUUCUCGUUCACAGCUGUUACGUGGAAGACGGUCAAGGUGAAAAGCAGAUGAUCAUUGAUGAACGAGGAUGCCAUUCCGAUCAUCUACUUCUCGGCGAUCCAACGUAUGUGGAAGCGUUGAACAUGGCUUAUCGAGAGUCAUUUGUUUUCAAAUUUGCCGACCGCAUUGCUGUCCGAUUCCAAUGCGAAAUUCGACUUUGCUUGAAGGACGAUGGGGGCUGCGACGGCAUCACUCCACCAUUGUGCGGAUACGUUGAUGAAAGUGCGCUGCAAAAACAAAUUGCCAAGCGUGACGCAAGCACCUUUAAACCAAGGGAUGCUGAUAUGUUUUCUCAAACUGUGUAUGUUUUGGAUAAGGAUGGAGAUGAUAGCCCAUCUGAUGCGGAAGAGUUAAAGAAACUCGAGGCGAAUUCGCUGUGUUUCGAUCCGAAAACGUUCAUAUCAGUGGUUACGGUGGCAACAGUUUCCGUCAUCAUUCUCUUCACUGCUUCAUUUAUUGUCAUUUUUCAUCGAUAUUGUAAGACCGAGCUUAAAAAUGCCGCACGAGAUAAUUGGUGA